CCACCUCUCGCUAGCCCCCUCUCUCUCUGUGCUACUUCAAUCUCUGCCGCCGGCAACUCGCCCCCGGAUUCCACGACCCGCGACCCCUUUCGAUCGCCCUCCGUCCCUCCCCGGGUCCUCCCAGUCAAGUCGCCACCUUCGUCUUUUCUCUCCGGUCAUUUGUGCUUGGAAGAUAGCUUGAGUUGAGCCACAUCACUCCAGGUUGCAACUCAUUCAAUCCUUACCGGCGAUAAAUUUCCGAACCAAGAACUUCUGCAGAUCAUCUGUCUCGAUUGUCCUGUUCUAGUUAAACGUGUUUGGCAGAGGGCACAUUCUGUGUGCUCAUAUUCUUUUGAUGUGGCAUACGGUGAAAACUCUUGGUUCUGGGAUUUGUCGGUUGAGUACUUGUUCACGUGGCGCUUGACUUGUUUAUCGUCAAUGAUGCAUGGUGAUGCAUAUCCAGAUUGAAGAACCAGACCAUUGUGCACAGAGAGGAGACUCGGAACAACCAUGGUGAGCUUAAGAAGGCGCAAGCUUUUAGGACUCUGCUCAGGGAAAAGUUCUUUCUUGGCUCCACUUCCCAAGUCAUCCGAUGGACAUGCAAAUGAUACUCCUAACCAAAACACAAAACUUGUGACGGUGCAUCCCUUACCUCUGGAUGAUGUCAAACCGCCAGAAGAAAAAAUACUCGCAAAAUUAGGAUCUGGCUCUUCCAAUAUUUCUGGUUCUAGCACAGCAAAAGAGCCACAUAAUCAAGACUUUCCAGGACAAGCGAUCAAAAGGAGAAAGCGGCACAGGAGAAAACAUCAUCACAACCAAGAACCUUGUGUCAUGAGAGGUGUGUACUUUAAGAAUAUGAAAUGGCAGGCUGCAAUAAAAGUUGAUAAGAAACAGAUUCACUUGGGCACUGUUGGUUCCCAAGUAGAGGCAGCUCGUCUUUAUGACAGGGCUGCUUUCAUGUGUGGCAGAGAACCAAACUUCGAGCUGUCAGAGGAGGAGAAACACGAGCUCACGAAACUGAACUGGGACGAGUUCCUGGCAAUGACACGCCACGCAAUUACCAAUAAGAAACACAAGAGAAGGGUCGGGGCAGGGUCGGAGAAAAAAUCCGAGCCCGAACCCGAGAAUGGCGACUGGGAUGGCGAAGAAGCCAAUAGCUUGUCGGGUUCGGAAGAGGUGGAGCCAGACACUUCAGUCUCUUGAAAGUUUGAUCCGAAACGAGGCUGAACGAUCAAUUUUAAUGGUCGGGCUCGAGCCGGUCGGCAUUAGCCUCUCUCUCUUUUUUUUUUUCCCCUUUUUUUGAUCAUUAAAGGUCCCUAUUAGGGCAUUAAAUAUCUUAGAUUAUAUUUACUCCUAGCAAGCAAAUUCUUGUAGCUUGAAGAGAAAUAAGCUGUAAUGUCAGACAUGUCGCCGCUGCCGAUCAAUUUAUAAAUAUAUAUAAUUGUAGCGAGAACUCGAAAAAUCAUAAUCUCGCCUUUCCUGAAGAAAAAGUUUAGUAUUUUGCAGUUUAA